GUUGUGGAUCUGUUCUGAAUGAAAAAGGUGAAGUAGAAAUGGAUGCCAUUAUCAUGGAUGGAAGAAAUCUAGACUCUGGAGCAGUAUCUGCAGUUAAAUGUAUAGCAAACCCCAUAAAACUCGCUCGGCUUGUCAUGGAAAAGACGAAGCACAUGCUGCUGACUGACCGUGGUGCACAACUGUUUGCUCAGGCCAUGGGUGUUCCUGAGACUCCAGGGGAGAAACUCAUAACCGAGAGAUCCCGGGAGAGAUGGAAGAAGAACCUUGAGCCAGAUUCCAACCCUGAGGAGUUUCAGAAAGACCUUGGAACAGUCGGUGCUGUUGCUAUAGACAGUGAAGGAAAUGUAGCUUGUGCAACAUCCACUGGAGGACUCUCUAACAAGCUGAUUGGCCGUGUUGGUGACACAGCGUGCAUAGGAAGCGGAGGUUAUGCUGAUAACCGUUCUGGUGCCACGUCAACCACAGGGCACGGGGAGAGCAUUAUGAAAGUGGUCUUAGCCCGGCUGAUCCUCUAUCACAUGGAGCAAGGAAUGUCACCAGAGACAGCUGCUGACACUGCGUUAGACUACAUGAAGACACGGGUUGGGGGCUUGGGUGGUGUCAUUGUUGUUAACAAUUCGGGAGAGUGGGCAGCAAGAUUCUCCACCAGGCAGAUGUCCUGGGCUACUGUAAAGGAUGACCAGCUGCAUUAUGGGAUUUAUGCUGGAGAGAGACAUACAAAAUCUGUUGAUGAAGCACUUGCAUCUGAAUGUGAGGGAUUCUGA